AUCCAAUAUAAUAUUGAAGAGAGAUUCGAAUUAUCAAAGUCCUUCUGAAUGAUACUCAACUUCCGCCUCUUAUUUCGCUUACGUAAACACGCCCUCGUAUUUGAUACCUACCUAAUGCGUUGAUUUUCCCGCGGGAGCCUUUGUGCGGCUUGGAAAACAUGUACAUUUUGUGAUUCGUCCGGGUGAAGCAUGAGUAAAGCUUACGGAAUGCGCUGCGGAACUACAACCUGCUUGAAUACGAUUAUCUUGAGCUGGUAUUAUUCAGGUUGUUUGGUGUACUUACCUGACGCCAGCGAGUACCAAUUGACGAGUAUAAUUCAAAUAUCCGAAAACUUUGGAUUGCAGUCCGGACAUGCUAGUAAUUAGAGAACGCCAAUUGGUGGAUUGAACCUCGGUAUUUUGCCCCCGUUCCCCAGGUUUCGGUACAUUCUCCACUGCAAAUAGCAAUCACGGCGCGUUCCAAUGGUUCCGGAGCCCCCAGGUUAAGCAGACUCUGUAUCUUUCCUUUCUUCUCCUUUCUUGCACUAAUUCUCUCAUUUAUUGUUUUAUCUCGCGCCGAAGUCAUAUACUAUCAUCCAUUCACUUUCCUUCAAUACAUCACAAUGCCUCACCACACCCUCACGCGAGAUGAAGUCUCCAAAAAUAAUACCGAGGAAUCUCUCUGGUUUAUAAUCGACAGCAAGGUCUACGAUGCCACUGAAUUCGUCGAUGCUCAUCCAGGAGGAGAAUCCGUCCUGAGACAAGUCGCUGGCACAGAUGCGACCGAAGCAUUCUAUAACCUACAUCGACAAGAAGUCCUGCAGAAAUACUCGAAUUUAUGUAUUGCCACAAUUGAGGGCGAGAAAUCGCAAGUCAUUGAACAGAAUGUCGGGGAUUUGAGUGUCGUGCCAUAUGGAGAGCCCACAUGGUUAACUCCACAAUUUAAAAGUCCUUAUUAUAACGAAAGUCAUAGGAGGUUGCAAAAGGCAAUGAGAAUUUUUACGGAUCAAUAUGUUACACCUAUUGCUCAGGAGUGUGAAAAAACUGGAGCGCAUAUCCCACAACAUUUGAUUGAUCGAAUGUCGAAGAUGGGGAUCUUACAUAUGAGAUUAGGCCCGGGGAAACAUUUACAUGGUGUUAACUUGAUGGAUGGCGCCGUGAAGGGGGAGGAGUUCGAUUAUUUUCAUGACAUGAUUGUUGGACAGGAGAUGGUUCGCGCCAAUGCAAGAGGGUUUCAAGAUGGUAAUAUGGCUGGUAUGACAAUUUCCCUGACGGCAGUUCUUCAAUUUGCCAACGAUGAGGCAUGGAAGAACAAGAUUGCCGCAGAGGUGUUUAGCGGAAAGAAGAAAAUUUGCUUGGCCAUCACUGAAGCAUUUGCCGGAUCUGAUGUCGCAGGUAUUCGAACAACGGCGGAGAAAACCAAAGAUGGCAAACACUAUAUCGUAAAUGGUACUAAGAAAUGGAUCACCAAUGGAGUCUUUUGCGAUUACUUCGUAACUGGUGUUAAAACAGCCAAGGGACUGUCUGUCGUAUUGAUUGAAAGAGGCGAGGGUGUAGAGACAACACCAAUAAAAACCUCCUACUCACCUACAGCCGGAACUGCCUAUGUCACUUUCGAUAACGUAAAGGUACCAGUUGAGAAUCUCUUGGGAGUAGAGAACAAGGGUAUCCACGUUAUUCUUAGUAACUUCAACCAUGAAAGAUGGAUGAUGGCUAGUGGUGUCAUUCGCAUGAUGCGACUAGCAACAGAGGAAUGUAUCAAGUGGAGUAAUCAACGAUUGGUAUUUGGCAAGAAAUUGACUGAUCAGCCAGUCAUCCGACAAAAGCUUGCUAAGAUAAUAUCUCACUGUGAAGCGAAUCAAGCAUGGUUAGAGAAUAUCACAUAUCAGAUGACUAUGAUGCCAUACAAACAACAAGCAACUCAUCUCGCAGGUCCAAUUGGUCUGCUUAAGAUGUUCGCUACCCGUUCAGCUCAUGAAUGUGCAGAUGAAGCAGUGCAGAUUUUUGGUGGACGUGCACUUACUCAGAGUGGGAUGGGAAGAACCAUUGAGAUGUUCCAUAGAACGUACAAAUUCGAUGCUAUCUUGGGCGGGGCCGAGGAGGUAUUGGGCGAUUUGGGAGUUAGGCAGGCCCUUAAGAAUAUGCCAAAGAGCAUGUUAUAGAUCAUCAUCUAGAUACAAGGACAGAAAUAUUGGGAGAACAGCACGUCAAUAAGGCAUUCCAAGAUUGGCGUAAUAUAAUUAGAGCUAUAGAGCUGAAUGUGGUAUGAUAUAAUACGGUUCUCUCAAACUUUACAUUUAGUACGCUCUCGAUGACCGGAGAAGAAUAACCGAACUUGCUGUGUAUUCUCCGGCAAUGUGAGGGAGGGUAUGAGCGUGAUUGAUUGUAUGAUACGAAUUGGGACAAUCAUAAGCCUGCUCCGGUGGAAAUAGGUCAGAAAAGGUUUCCUCUUUGUAUCUGCCCUCUCAUUCCCGCGGGCACCCAAAACAUGUACGCAGCACCCCUAAUAUUUCAUCAACACACCUGAAGUGUUGGUAGGUGAUAUCAACCAAGAGAUCUUCUUCAACCAAUAGUCGGCUCUCUAAGCGGCCAACUAGUUCCUAACCAAUGAAAUCUGAUGUAUUGGACUCAUUUCGUCCUCGGUAAUUUAAGGGCGUAAA